CCAAGUCCACGUUUGAGGCUUCCAUCAGCACCAUGUCUCUCCCCUCUAGAGCCCUCAGUGUUCAUGGAGGAGCUGGUGGCCGAGGAAACCGUAUCUCCUCCUUCACUGACCUGUCAGCUGACCAGAAGACCACAAUGCAGAGUUUGAAUAAUCGUCUGGACUCCUACCUUUUGAAGGUGCACUCGCUGGAGGAGACCAAUGCUGAGAUGGAGAAGAAGAUCUUGGAGUGGUAUGAGAGUCGCACUGAUGUCACGUUCGACCAUACUAACUUUCUGGCCGUCAUCGAGGAUCUGAGGGGAAAGAUUCAUUGUAUGUUCAAGAACAACAUCAAGAUCAUCCUGGAUAUAGACAAUGCCAAGCUAGUGACCAAUGAUUUAAAAAUUAAGUAUGAGAAAGAGCUGGCUACACAUAGAGACAUUGAAGCUGAUGUUGGUAACCUGAGGAAAUUUAUUGAUGAGUUAAGUUUGAACCGGUCAGAUCUGGAGGUACAGUAUGAGAGUCUGAAGGAGGAGCUCAUCAUAUUGACGAGAAACCACGAGGAGGAAAUGGCUCUGGCUCUCACUGAGGCUGGAAGUCAGGUGAACGUCUGUGUGGAUGCAGUGCCCUCUAUGGACCUGAAUCAGGCCAUAACAGAGACCAGGGAUAACUAUGAGGCUGUGGCUGAGAAAAAACAAAGAGAACUGGAGUCCUGGUGCCAGAGCAGGAUCACCACAGUUCAACAGGAGAUGGUCACACAAAAUGAAGAACUUCAGGUCAGCAGAACAGAGUUAAAAGAGUUGACAAGCAAGUUCCAAAGACUACAAAUUGAACUGCAGUCUCUUCAUAGCAUGAGGACAUUGCUUGAGGGUACGCUGGAAGAGAAACAGGCAUUUUACAGUACCCUGUUGGGUGGGCUUCAGCUCACUGUAAACAACCAGGAGGACCAGCUGAGCCAGGUCCAUGCUAGGAUUGGCAGCAACAGUCAGGAGUACGACACGCUGCUGGACAUCAAGACGCAACUGGAGAAUGAAAUCGCAGAGUACAGGAGACUGCUGGAUGGAGAGGAGAGUAAGACCCACAAAAUUAUCACCAAAACUACAACAGUCGUGGAAACCAUUGUGAAUGACAGGGUUGUGGAGAGCAGCGAGACAUUGGAUGUCGAUGUGCAAGCUGACUAAUCUGCUUAAAAACAUCACUCUUCAAACCUCAGCUGUGGAAGACACAUCAUGUCUUAAUAUUCAAAUUCCUUGUGUUCAAGAGCUGUGUUGCUUGAUUAGAAAUUAUGCAGAUAAUAAAGAAACUGACAGUUUAUUUUUUUCCUUCAGUACCUUUUUGAAGACAAUA